AUGUCACUGAUGUCGAAGCCAGCGAGGCUUAUGGUCAGUGCCAUGGCGAGCGUGCUGCUCGUGCACGCAGACUCGGAUGGAUUCGUCAUGCUUCCAUCUCUGGCGGCUCUAGCGGAAACUGAAACCACAAGUUCACCUCAGAUGCCCCGACUGGACCUCCUGUCGGCGGGCUCGGAGUCCCAGAUAGGCGACCUGGAAAGCUGGGUGAUGUCCAUGGCUGGCAAGGUGGCCAUGGACAACGCCACCUACGGCUUCAUAGACCAGAUCCGAGGGAUGGUCGAAGGCAUGGUACCGCAGGUGCUGAGCCGGAGCGACGCCUCGGUGCAAGAGCUGCAGCGGCUCAUUGAAGCAUUCUCCCACUGCCGCUUGGAGGCUUCACUCCAAGAGGACCUGACAGAUCUGCAGAGCCAGCACCUGUACUGCCGGGGGAACGAGAGCCGCCAGGCCCUGGCAAUGGCAGAGGCCACUGAGGUCUGGUCCGCCAGCGAUAUGGUCCGAAAGUCGGAGUGUGCCAAGUUCGAGGCCAUCGACCAAAUACCAUCCCAUGAUGAGUGUGGCGUGCCACAACACCCGGACACAAUGCGAUACUAUGCCGAAGCAUUGCGAAAUAAGUUCAAGGACAAGUAUGAGGAGUGGCUCCGGCGGAGAGAUGGCUGCGAGACGGCGGCCAAUGGCACGGAGGCGCUGCGGCGCAGGAAGGCCACCCUGGAGGAACAGCAACAGCAGCUGCGAGGCAUGUGCAACUCACUUCAGGACGAGCUGGAUCAUCGCGUUUGCGGAGCCAGCGUGACUGCGCAGCGACGCUGCCAUGAGUACGAGGAAUGCUAUGAGCGCGCCCGGGCGAACUUCUUGCAGCAGAAUGCGACCGUGGCGGCUUUAGAGAAGGAAAUGAAACAGGAAUAUCGCGCGUUGAAGCGGAUCUUGUGCAUCCUCCAAGCUUUCGAAGGCGGUGUUGAAGAGAAGGAGCUGGAAAUGUGCAGGGCGAGAACUGUGAACCUUGAUGCUGUCGGCAUCGACUGGGGGUCAAUCAAGGUUCCGCCGUUGCGGAUCAACUGCUCCGCAAGACAGUCGUGGCGCAAUGCUUCCUCUGCCGAGUACGCCGCAGAUGUGUAUGGAUCAGUUCCCAAGGACGUGCCACUCAAGGAAUGCAGCGCUGUGCCCUGCUGCCAGACACUGUACAGCUGA